AUUGGGAUUGUUUGGAAACUUGAUUAGUAAUCUUAAUGAAAUGUGUUUGGACACAUGUUUAAUUAGAGUCAUUUUAAUAAUUUUUAAAACAUAACCCUUUACAAUCGAAUUUCAAACAUACGAUGACCCAUUUACAAAUUCUGAUACGUAAGCCCACUUUUUAAAAAAUCAAAUCUUGCUUCCCAUCCUAUCUUUACGCGCAUAAAAUCCCACUAACUGGUCCUUAAAAGCCGUCUAUAAUUCAUUACCAAAAACGUAGGAGUUGUUACCAAAAAUUUGGGAGGAAGGGAAUAUAUUAUUCCAUCUAACAUAUCGAAUAUUACCUUUCUGUUUCGAUCAUUCUUUCUCUCCACGUAAACACUAAAACCAAAUAAUACACCUUCCAUAACGAUUAUGCGCAAUAUAUUUGGUGGAGAAACAAUGAUUCUUCGGCAAAAAUACACAACCAGCUAAAUAUUCUGUACUAAUUUGUUACCAUGUUUUGCGCAAACAAGUUUAAUAGUAUCUAAUAUUGAAUAAGAUAUAUUGUCAUAUAUUCGAUUUCGUUGAAAACAGAAAUGAGCAAAUCUCGGUUCUGUAUCUAUCCUAACCAUAAAUUAGAUAUAAAUUUAAUUUCUACACCCAUAUAUAUAUAUACCUCUACUAUAAUAUAACACCACCCAUCGAAAUCUCAUAGCAAAUAUGUCAAACGAUCGAAAAAUGUGUCUUAUUAAGGAUCUAAAACCUUACCGAGAUGAAUGGCGUCUAACCCUCAAACUUCUGCAUUCGUGGAAACAAAGCACCAGUUUUUCUGGUGAUACUCUUGAGUGCGUCCUGGUAGAUCAAACUGUAAGAUAUGUUUGCGCUGACUUUAAAUAUAUAUUAAUUCUCAACUAAUACUGAAUCAUAUUCUACUCUGUUUUCUGAAAAGGGAGCUAAAAUCCAAGCAUCAUGCAAGAGAUGGCAAAUGAAUCGUGAACAGCGUUACCUACCUGUUGGUGAAUGGAAGGUCGUUGACACCGUUAAAAUAACUGGGGCAGGACGUCAAUAUCGACCUACAAAGCAACAGUACAAGAUGACGAUCUUAGGAGACACAUCAAUAACCCCUUCUGAUUAUCGUAAUGAUAAUCAAUUCCUUGAUCUGGCUAACUACGAGGAGAUUGUUAAUGGAAAGCUAAAACCCAAUUUCCUUAUUGAUAUCAUGGGACAAGUAACUGAUCUUGGAGCAGUAGCUACCGUCCAAGCUAAGGGGAAUGACACAAAAAGAGUUCAUUUCCGUUUACGUGAUUUAAGUGGUCAAGAGGUGUCGUGUUGCUUAUGGGGAAAAUAUGCCGAGCAGAUUGAAACACAUAUGGAAGAAGCUAAUGAUGAAACUUUUAUAUGCUUGAUAAGAUUUGCAAAAAUCAGCGAGUUCAGAGGAGAAGUGCAAAUCACCAACGCGUUUGAUGCUUCACUUGUGUGUCUCAACCCAACAAUGGAGGAAGCUAUUGAUUUUAGACAGAAGAUGUCGAGUGAUUCUCUUGCCUUAGCUAUUUGUGAUCAAAGUAAUGAAAAGAAGAUAAUCACCAAGGUUACGGCCAAUUGGGAUGAUGUAGACGUGAGAUGUAUUUCUGAGAUUUUGCAAAGUUUUGAGGUUGACAGUUGCAAGAUCAUUUGUUCAAUUGAAUCCAUUGACACGGAUUGGGGUUGGUUCUAUUUUGGGUGUACUAGACACAAUCGACGUCUUACUAAGAUUGGAAGGAAAUCUUCUGGUAAGAUGAUUCAGUCUGAAAAGCCACAAUUUUAUUGUGAUGUGUAUCGUGGUCCGUGUAACAAUUACGAACCGAAGUUCAAGCUUCAUUUGAUUGUCAAAGAUGACACUGAGACAUGCAGAUUAAUGCUUCUUGAUACUGUUGGGAGAACGAUUAUUGGUAGCAAAGCUGUUGAACUUUGGGAUGGUUCAUUUGACGAGAUUGAAGACCCAGAAAUACUACCUCAGCCUAUUCGAGAUUUGGUUGGGAAAUCUUUUUGUUUUGGUUUAGCCAUAACCAGUGACAAUGUAACAAACGGUUCAGACACAUUUAAGGUCUCUGAGGUCUGGUCUGGAGAUUAUAUUCAAAGAAUCGAGUCACUCUCAGAACCAGUUUCAUUAAUUGAAACCAUUUCGUCAACUCUAUCUGGUGGAGAGCUUCCUGGGAUUGAUCAUAUCAAUGAGAACUCAUCUGAAGAUUUUUCCACCCCAAGUAACAAACGUAAGGAAGAUGAGUGUGAUCAAAUGGACAUGACAUCUACUUCUAAGAAGUUAUGCACUAAGAUCGUAAAGAAGGAGAAAGAAAAGGACUGAUUAGUGAUGAGUGCUUAACCUAAUAAAAUGUUAUUUUGCUUUGCUUUUUAUUUUGGUGUUUUAUGACUAAAAUAAUCGCAUAAAGACAACAUAACUAAGCUCUGAAACAUAUUCCAAUAAAUAUUUAAAACUUAACUUUGCAUUUUCCAUUACAGCAUAAAGAUAACCCAGGCAAAAUCACUCGAUCAUUGACUUUUUUUUCUUAUUGAGAUCUUGGUUUCUCGAAAAAAUGAAGUUUAUCUGAAAGGUAACAAAAUCAUGAAACUCAGUUUUGUGAAGAAAAGGAAAUUUUUUUGUUGUUAGGAUGAGAAAGAUGAGAGGUGAAUGGUUCGACUUUACCCUUCUAAGACAAGAUUAGGAUUUUGAUUGCAUGUCUCGGAAGAGAGAGGUUAAUGGCAGAUCUACUAGUGGGAAAGAGAUCUCUGUCGGAAUUAAAAAAAAUCGAUUGAGUUGAACACAAAAAAAAAAACUAAUCUCUUAAUCUGAGUUUGUCAAAUAAAAAUAUAGAAGUCUAACCUUUUAUACAUUUCCUUGACUGAGUGAAUGGAGUUGACAUACAUAAAAUCGUUGCUCUCAGCGUGGAUCUGAUUCUUCAAUCUUCUCAUACUUGCGAUUUAUUGUAAUGAACAUCAAAGAAGAGAUAAGACAGAGAUUCGCUGCGACCAAGAGAAAAGUAAACAGAGCACUAGAGUAGUUACGUUUUUUGUUUGCUUUUCCCAGAAUAAAAAUCAUUAUAAAUGGGGUUUUGUUACAAUUGUUUUGGGCCAUAAUGUUAAGUUUUAUUGGAUAAUUAAUGAUGAAAUAAUAUAGUAUAGCCCAAUUUUAAUCUUUUGGAAAUUACUUGUAAUUUGCGGUUGCCAAUGUUAUUAUUAUUAUUUUUUUGUCAACCCAAUGUUAUUAAUUAUCAAAUUAACUAUCAUUUUAAAAAAUAAACUAUACUUACUUUCUGUACAAAUUAAUAUAUGAGUUUUUUAUGUGGUCAAAAAUAUCUGCAUAGAUACAAUAUACAAU